AUGGUAUUCUUCGAGGUCGAGCGACGCAAACUCAUGCGUUCGGUUAAUAGCAAGUACAUUUAUGGAAGAGUUCCACUGGUGCACACCAUCAUUUUCCUGAUCGAAAUGGCGAUCCUGUCGAGGCUAGCAGCCAAAUUCAACAGUUACUACAAUGACCGACCAAUCCUCACUAUGAUGAUCACGAACGCAGUACUGGGUGGAGUGGCAGAUACAGUGGCACAGUCUAUAACAGCUAUUCGCCUAGCUGCGCUGAGGAAACCAGGAGGAAUCAAUAAGGAUGAUACAAUGGCGAUUGAGAUCCACGAGCUCGACAAAAGCAACCCGCUGCUUGACCGGGACCUGAUACCAGAUUCGAAAGCAUUGCCUCCUCCAUUUGACUUCGAGAGAUUGACACGAUUUAUGGCAUAUGGUUUUGGGAUGGCACCAGUCCAGUUCACAUGGUUCAAGUUCUUGUCGAAGGCAUUCCCUACUACAAAGACAAGUGGCCUCGGACCUGCUUUGAAGAUGGUUGCCAUGGAUCAGUUAAUCUUUGCGCCCUUCGGUAUUGCUUGCUUCUUCACUAUCAUGACCAUCGCUGAAGGAGGCGGACGACGAGCUGUCACCCACAAGUUGCGAGAUAUGUAUAUUCCAACUCUGAAAGCGAAUUUCAUGGUUUGGCCUCUGGUACAGAUCAUCAACUUCCGCUUGAUGCCUAUUCAGUUCCAAUUGCCAUUUGUAUCAUCCGUUGGUAUCGCUUGGACAGCAUACUUGUCUCUAUCAAAUGCCGCAGAAGAAGGAGAAGCUCGGUCAGCACCUCAAUCGCCCAACAUUCGAUUGCUUUGA